AUGUUUCUUCAAUCUGGAGGCCCUGAGAGGUCAGAAGGUUUCUUUACUGACCUGAGAUCCUUCAUGUCUGUUUGUGAUCUGUAUGAUUUGAAACACUCUGGGAAUUUUCUGUCGUGGAGAGGUAAACGGCACUCUCAUGUGGUGAGAUGUAGACUGGAUAGAUCUAUGGUGAACAGUGACUGGGUGAUGGCCUACCCUUCCGGUCGAAGUGAGUAUCUCUGGUUCGAAGGGUCAGAUUAUCGCCCGCUGGUCACCUCCUUUGACCCUAUCAAAAAACACCAUAAAAGUCUUUUCCGUUACGACCGUAGAUUCAAAGAUAACCCCGAAGUCUGUAACAUCAUAUUAAAAGCUUGGAAUCUUCAACCUGGUGCACCAGUUGAUCACCGCCUUCACCUCUGUAGAUUGGCUAUCAUCCAGUGGAGUAAGACUCAAAUGCUCAACAGUAAAAAGGAGAUUCUAUCACUCAGUGAGCAACUGGAAGAAGCCAUGUGUGAUGAUGAAGCAAGCCAAUCUACCAUAGAUGGUCUAAACCAGAGUCUUCUCUCGGCGUAUAAACGAGAGGAAGAGUACUGGAAGCAGCGAAGUAGACAGUUGUGGCUUACCCUUAGAGAUAAAAACACAGGCUACUUUCAUGCGGCAACAAAAAACCGGAGGGCGAUCAACAACAUAUCUGUCAUAGAAUCAUCCUUGGGUGCUAAAAUGUAUGAAGAAAAAGAAAUAACUGAAGUAAUCUCGAAUUACUUUCAGGAUAUCUUUACCUCUCAUGAGGGUGAUAGACAGUCUGCGAUCCAGGAAGCUCUAACCCCAUGCGUCACCCCUGAAAUGAAUGAGGCUCUUAUUGACAUACCAUCAGCUACUGAAAUAAAACAGGCUUGCUUUAACAUCCAUGCGGAUAAAGCUCCAGACCCUGAUGGCUUUUCUGCAAGCUUUUUUCAAUCAAACUGGAAUAAUAUCGGUGACAUGGUGAUCGCAGAGGUUCAUUCUUUCUUUAUCUCCGGUUCCCUGCCACAGAAGAUAAACCACACACACAUCAGACUCAUCCCUAAGAUACCAACAGCCCAAAAAGUCUCUGACUAUAGGCCAAUAGCCCUCUGUUCUGUGUAUUACAAAAUUAUUGCCAAGCUGUUAGCUAAGAGACUCCAACCAGUGCUCCACACAUGUAUAUCUGAAAACCAAUCUGCAUUUGUUCCCCAGAGAGCAAUCUCAAAUAAUGUUCUAAUCACCCAUGAAGUUCUACACUACCUAAAAACCUCUGGUGCUGUAAAGAGAUGCUUCAUGGCAGUCAAAACUGAUAUGAGCAAAGCCUAUGAUAGGCUGGAGUGGGAUUUUAUCAAAGUGGCUCUAGAUCAAAUGGGGUUCCAUCAAACCUGGAUUAAGUGGAUCAUGCAAUGUGUCUCCACAGUGUCUUACUCCUUCCUAAUCAAUGAUCAAGCAAAAGGUCUGGUUCUUCCUCAACGUGGUAUCCGGCAAGGCGACCCCCUCUCGCCCUACCUCUUCAUCAUCUGCAGUGAAGUCCUCUCAAGACUCUGUCUGAAAGCCCAAAGUAAUGGACAGUUGGUUGGUGCUCGGGUGGCCAAAGGAAGCCCGAGAGUUAAUCAUCUACUCUUCGCGGACGACACCAUGUUCUUCAUUCGAGCUGACCCUGCUAGUUGUCACACCUUAAAGCGCAUCCUGCAUAAAUAUGAAGUGGCAUCAUGUCAAAAAAUAAACCAGGCAAAGUCCUCCAUUACUUUCUCCUCAAAAACUCCUCGGGAUAUGAAAGAGCAAGCAAAACACAUAUUAGAUAUUCAUAAGGAAGGAGGACAGGGCAAAUAUCUCGGUUUACCUGAACUUUUUGGCAGGAAGAAGAAGGACUUAUUUGCUUCGAUCGUGGACCGUAUCAAGCAGAAAGCUAUCAGCUGGUCCUCAAGAUUUCUCUUAACGGCUGGGAAACUAACCAUGCUCAAAUCAGUUCUGUCCGUGAUGCCUACUUAUACGAUGUCCUGUUUCCUCCUCCCUGGUUCUCUGUGCAAACGCAUUCAAUCAGCACUUACAAGAUUCUGGUGGGACACCUCGUCGGAGAAGAAGAAAAUGUCUUGGAUCGCCUGGACGAAAAUUACAAAACCUGUUAAACACGGAGGCCUGGGAAUCAGAGACGUUACACACUUUAAUAAGGCCCUGUUAGCAAAACUAAGCUGGAGACUACUUACCAAACCCCACACCCUCUUCUCUAAGGUUCUACUUGGGAAAUACUGUCAGAAUGCCUCUUUUCUAGAGUGCAAAGCUCCUUCCUCUGCCUCGCAUGGAUGGCAGAGUAUCUGUAAGGGUAGAGAUCUAUUAAAAGAGAAUCUGGGGAUGAUAGUAGGUUCAGGUGCCUCCAUCCCCCUUUGGAGAACCCCGUGGUUAUCAGUCUCCACCCCUCUAUCCCCUAUGGGUCCCCCAACCGAAGCCUCGCAGAAUCUAAUGGUUGCAGACUUACUUUUGCGAAACUCUGGUUUGUGGAAUGUUGAACUCAUUCGAUCCAUUCUCCCAAUCUAUGAGAGAGAUAUCCUUAUCCUAAAACCAAGUGCAACCGAAGUAGUGGAUUUCUGGGCAUGGUUGCCUUCAAAAGAUGGCUCCUACUCUUCAAAAUCAGGCUACCAUGAGUCCUCUAAGCAGGAUGAAGUGAAUGUUGCAGAGGCCUCCUCUGAUAGCAAUAUCGAGGCCUCUUUCCCUUGGCAGAAAAGUAUUUGGUCACUUAAAACCUCACCAAAAACUAAGCUUCUCCUCUGGAAAGCUGCGCAGAACGCCCUACCAGUGGGCGAAAACCUCCUUCAUCGCUCUAUUAGUGAUUCAGCUAAAUGCCCUCACUGUGAUGAACCAGAAUCAACACUCCAUAUGUUCUUCCAAUGUGAAUUUGCACGAAGACUCUGGUCCCUGCUCCCUGUCAAAACAGUUUUCCAACUGGAUUCCAUUACUUCUGUCAGAGAGCGUAUAGUGAGAGCUAACAAUUUAGUGUGCUUACCCCCAACUGGCAUUGGCUCUGGACCGAUAGCCCCAUGGACUGCCCAACUUUCCUGCCCAAAACCCGAUCCUCCGCCGAAAGUCGGGAUCCAACCCCCACAUCCCCGGACGAAUUUAACUUGUUACACCGAUACAUCCUGGAUUGAUGGCAAAGCCGGUUUGGGCUGGAUAAUCAAAGACCAAUCCGAUCAGCUAAAAGGUGAAGGGUCUACCCAGAUAGAUCACGUUGGCUCCCCUUUGAUGGCCGAAGCACUGGCAACUCUCACCGCGGUUGGAGUUGCAAUUGAAUCGAACAUCACCCAUAUCUCUUUUGCUUCCGACUCGCUCCUGCUGGUCCAAGCCUUGAAUCAGAAGCUCCAACUGAAGGAACUUCAUGGGACUCUCCACGAUGUCCUUACUCUAUCAUCGCGUUUUGAAUUCUGUUCUUUCAAUUUCAUCCCUCGAUCUAAGAAUCGGCAAGCUGACCUUUUGGCAAAAGAGGCUCUUCUCUUGUGUAAGAAUACCUAA